CUGGUCCUGCGAUUCUUUCCACUAACCCCCCCCCCCCAGCUUUUGUGUAUCUUUUUAAAACUCUGAUGAUUCUGAAAGGCUUUAUUAAAAUAUAUACAUAUAGAGAUGUACAUAUAGAGAUGUAUUUGCAGUAAACUGUGAAUCCCUCGAUCAAUAGGAUUACUGCGUUGAGAAGGGAGUGGGGCGCAUGGUCAGGUCCCCGCCGUGUAGCGGGUUGUGCUCCAAGCGCAUCAGAUCCCUUUUACAAGCACACAGACCCGGUUUGGGAAGACGGAGCACCUGGCCUGAAGAGCUCGCAGGCAAAAUGCACAAGCCUCCAAGCUCUAAGGAUGGCCAGGGGUGGGCAGGCGUCACGACCGCCUUCGCUGCUAGCCCGGGGUUGGGGAUUGCUCGUUUAUUGUGCCCCCAAUCCCGUUACUGGGACAUGGGACCCACCGGUUUCCACGGGACUGCCCGAGCAUCCUGAAUGCUGCGAGUUAAGAAAAUGUCUUUCUUUGGACAUUUGAUUCCAACACGUAAUUAGGACAGACGAAGGGAGAAUGAAAUGUCACACUCAAGCGUAUUAUUUCCAAGAUAUCUUUAAAAAUGUUGGUGAUUCACCAGCUGUAUUUUCAAACUCACUUAAAAAUACUCAAAGACCUGCUUUUUUCCACUUUAAGUCAUCGCUGUAAUCAAAAUCAUGUAAAUCCUAGAAGGGUUAAUUGUGGAGGCAGGCACAUUUCUAAAGAAAAGGUGCUUAUUGACUAUCGGGAGAAAUAUAUAUAUUUUCCAUUUUGGAGACGAGCAGUGAAUGGAGCCGACCAUAGAACGUAGCAAAUGGCUAGAAUAGAGAACUGUGUGUUUUCUCCCUCCCCUUCGUGUUCUGUUAAAUUCCAUCAUAAUAAUAGCAGUAGUAAUAAUCUAGAAUGGCAGCUCUGAUCGUAGGAUUUCAUGUGGAUUGUUAUAUUGAUAGUGGAAGGAGAAGGCGCGGUCUCCCUCUCACAGCAAUGCUGAGGAAACGUAGCCUGGUAUAUACAUGUAUGUGUGUUUGGCGUUCUAUAUAUAUAUAUGUAUAUGUAUAAAUAUAAAUAUAUAGAAUCAUGAGGAUCUUUUUUGAUAUGCAAAAUGCUGCAUUUGAGUGCCAGUUCUGAAUUUUUUAAAAAGUGAACUCCCAAACAAUAUCUUUUUGCCAACAGAUGCGUUAUGCAAAAAGCAAAUAGGAGUAGGAAUGGCGAUGGUGGCUAAAUUCUAUUAGAUUUUCCACCCUUUGUGAAAGUAUAUCAUGCGACACUUCUAUUGAAGUCGAGUUGCUAUUUCAAAGCUUCAGGUCGUAAAAUACAGCUCGAUCGAUUCCCCCCUCCCAUUUUUAAGCGCUGCCUCAGCAAUUGGUGCGGGAAUGCUGAGAUUUAUUCUUUCCUCCUUCCUCUCCAAAAACUCUUUAAUUUUUUAAAAAAUUAAAGUUAUUUUACUUCGAAUUUACAAUCUCUAGCAGACUAGAAAUGCCCCAAUAAUAAUAAUAAUAUAAAACAAAACAAAAAGAAAGGUUUCAAAAGAAACGGUUUUGAAAAUAAAGGCUGAAUAUAUUUCCCCCUCCGCUUCUGCAUUCUUGCCGGUUUUAUGAUCUGGAGCCGAUAGCCCUUAACAAUUGGGACGUACUAAUGGAACUGUGAGAGAGAUGCCAUAAUUUUGCUAUAAUGGGCUGUAACCUCGAUUCGACCCCAGCCCUGCUGCAGCCCUUAACCGGGAAGGGUGAAGAUCUCGCUUGUCUCCAGAGGGUGGCGCACGAGGCCGACUGACAGUCUGCAGCUGGCGGCGGGCACGCGCGGCGGGCACGCGCCCCAGCGCUUCUGCAUCCGCCCCACUCCCCCCAUUUAGUGCACGAGUUUACCUCUAGAGGUCAUCAGGCAGGAUUUACGACUGGACAACAAAAGCACGUGACAUGAAGUCGUACCCCAUAUUUGGGUGCCUACGUAGGAGGGAACCAAGUACAUGUCCCAGUCAUUUCCAUAAUUCAUCAUAAAUUGUGCAAGGGUGCUAUAGACGCACCAAAAAACGAAGCAAAGAGCCACAAAUCAAGCCCCCCGAUCAAAAAACAAAUGAGCUCUUAUUUUGUAAACUCAUUCUGCGGUCGCUAUCCAAAUGGCCCGGACUACCCGUUACAUAAUUAUGGAGAUCCCAGUGCCGUGAGCGAGCAAUUCAGAGAAUCCUCCAGCAUGCAUUCCGGCAGGUACGGUUACGGCUACAAUGGCAUGGAUCUCAGCGUCGGCCGCUCGGCUGCUUCCAGCCACUUUGCGCCAGGCGGGGGCACGGAGAGGGCGCGCCCAGCUUACGCCGCCAACAGCACCUCCGCCGCCCCCGAGGCCAGGUACCCCAGCCGGGCGGCGGCCACAGCCACGACGACCCACUCGCCUCCGCCUGACCCGCUGCCCUGCGCCGCCGUGGCCACCUCGCCUGUCAGCGGCGACGCUCCGCACGGCGGCGUGAAAAACUCGACCAGCACUUCGUCCACCUCCAGCACCAGCAGCAGCCACGCCACUACCACCAGCAGCAGCAGCAGCAGCAGCCACGCCACCAGCGGCGCUGGCAACCCCCACCUAGGCAGAGAUGGGCUCAGCACGUCGCCAGGCACCGAAGACGACGCCCCGGCCGGCAGCGAGCAGGCGAACCCCCAGCAGAGCGACCAAAGCCCAGCCCAGCAGCCUCCACAGCCCCAGAUCUACCCUUGGAUGAGAAAACUGCACAUAAGCCAUGACAACAUCGGGGGCCCCGAAGGGAAACGCGCUCGGACUGCUUACACCCGCUACCAGACCCUGGAGCUGGAGAAGGAGUUUCACUUCAAUAGAUACUUGACCCGCAGGAGGAGAAUUGAGAUCGCGCACGCUCUUUGCCUCUCAGAGAGACAGAUCAAGAUCUGGUUCCAAAACAGGCGCAUGAAGUGGAAAAAGGACAACAAGCUGAAGAGCAUGAGCAUGGCUGCGGCAGGAGGAGCCUUUCGCCCUUGAGAGCCAGCCCGGCCCGGCUCCUUCCUCCCCGCAAAGGGAGGAAGGGGGGGAGUGGGGGGGAGAAAGUACUGAGAGCAGCAUGAGACGAGCUGACCCGGCGCGGAAUGUCAGUCGCCGGUUUCUCUCUCCCCCGCCCGUCUCUCGUCCCUUCUCGCCCCCUUUUACGUUGACUCUCCCCAACUUCCCUGGGAGGCUUCGCCGAGGAAGCUCCCCCGUCAUUUUUGAAUCAUGAGCCUGCUUAAUUCAGCCUCCCUAGCGCGUGUUACCAGUAGACCUGCUCCCCCCGUGCAUUUCUUUGUCUUGAAUGGCUUUGUCGGGGGGGGGGGGGAUGUAGAUGUUUUAACUUAUUUAUAUGAAGCGAGUUGUGUUACUUGAAGUAACUGUUAAAGGGGGGGGGGAACCUACACACAUACACAAAGGCCCGGAGAGAGAUCUCCUCCCCCCUUCUCUCUCUCCCCCGUCCUGUUUUAGCCCCCCCCCUCUGUGUUGCACUCGCUUGUGCUUAACUGUGCAUGUGUGUUCAAAGUGUCAGUGUCUGUAUAGCUCCAAGCUGUGACCAAGAUUUCCAAUCCAAAACUACCUAAAUUUCCUGUGUCAUUAAUGGCUGUUGUAGAGGUGAAAUGAUGAAAUACAACUGAACGUGUCCUAACGUGUAGUGAAUAGUGAAUCUGUGACGAAAACUGUGAUUCCAGACAGUAUGUCCUUGCUGUGCCUUUGUAUAUGACUCUUUGCACGAACUUUUAGAGGUGGAUUUGAUUCAGCUCAGCUCCAGUAACGUCUAGUUAUUUCUUUCCUUCUUUUCUUUUUGUGAACAAAGUUAAAAAUAGAGUCAAGGUCUGGCUGUUUGAGCAAAAAUGUGAUCGGCUUUUUAAAAAACCAAUGUUUUUUUUUUAAAGUACUGACUGGACAAAUAAACUUUCUAUUGUAA